CCGUCGACGGGAACGAGAGUGCUGUCAAGCGAGGAGCGAUGAGCAGCGCGGACGGCGCUCACCAUGGCCACCACGAGGCAAGGAAGGUCAAAACUACCCUCAUCAUCGAGGUCGCUCUCGACGACGGCGUGUUUGUCAACCCCACGUUUCGGUACAAAUUCCUCGACGGUAGCAAGAAGGUGACCCCACCUGUGGGGACAGCCGGCUCAUGGGUACCCAUCGCUGCGGACGGGACGGCGGGGGUCGCACCAGCACCCAACGCGCCAGCCUCCAAUGCCAAAGCCCCGCCGUCGGCACGCCAAGGCCAGGGAACGGCAGACAAUUCGUCCUCACCUGUAGACCUCGGUCCCAAGUACUUUCGCCACGAACAGCACAUUCCUGACUUUGACAUCACCGAAGCAUUCGCCCUGAAACUCAACGACAACCCUAUCGUAACGUUCUUUCUGGCGGACCAGACCCCUGGCCAAGCUGCGACGGCAGUGACCGAGCACAACCAGACGACGACGCCCACCGUCGGACGCAACUUUAUCACGUUCUUUGAGGUCGACACAAGUCCGCUUCUAGCAGGGGACCUUGUCCUCGAGCAACAAUGGGGCUGCGACGUCGCUGCCAAGGACAUGCACUUACCCCUCGGUGCCCCAUUCGUCAACGCUCACGGGAUCCAUUCCGUGACGAUUCGCAUCAAAGUCGACCAUCCCCUGUUGUCGCCAGCGCUAGUGCAGUCCUUGAACCCACUCACCGUUUGUAUACGAAAAGCUACGAAUCUCCCCGGCAUCACCGUCCAGUCGAAGCCACUCUUGCAAUACAUCACACCCACGCCGCACACUGCCCUUCACAAGUGCUGUGUUCCAGCGUACGCGUCGCUGCGAAUGCCUAUGUGUCCCCAGCGCAUUGUGCGGACGUCAGGAAUUCUGCAGGACACCGACGUUGCGUGGGACCAUAAAAGCACGUUCUUGUGUGGGCCGCUGGACUGGCCGUCGCUCGAAGAAAGCUUGCAGGCAGGUCAUGUCGACGUCGAGCUUCACGACCGCGAUAUCCAACUCGACCGCGAAUACGCCGAGCUCGUGAAAAAGUGGGAGAGUUACGUCGGUGGGCGCUUCCCAGACAGUUCGCACCCCCCUACCCACGACCACCAUCCACCGAAUGCGAAACUCGACGUCUUUCAAGUCGACGAAAUUGCCAAGCAAGACAUUCAGAGCCUCUACUUUGUCCGCGCAGGCGAUUGCAAUGCCCACGGUGUGGGCAUGUACCGUUUCUACGAGCUCCUCCGCACGACAAACCUCAAGAAGCAGGAAGCGGGCAAACCCUUCAUGACGCUGAAACUCACGGCAGACAUCGUACCGCACAAGCGCCGCAUUCCUCCAAAGGAAGGGUCGGACGAAGACAUCAACCUGUCUCAAGUGGAUAAGCUCGUUCGAUUGCCCGGGUCGUACUUGAACUGCCUGACGGCAUUGGCGGUGGAAGCGACGCUGCAGAACCCCCUUGGAAGCAACCCCCCGACCGGACCCCCGACGCCUUGCAAACACGGAGGAGGGGUGUUUACCCGCAUGGUCGUCGUCAUUCCGUACAACGACGUGGCAACGCUCCAGAACAUGUCCAAAGCCAUGGAAAGCAUCAACUCGGCGGCGUUGCCGGGGGUCCCUCUCCGGUCGUACUUGCUCACGGCGGCCCAAAAGGAGGCUUGCGACAGCGGCGAUUUGAACGUGAUCACAGGAUUCCAAGUCAUCGAUGCGCACUACCGCAUGAUAUUUUUGGAAGGCAUUGCAGAGACCGGGCUCGCGACUCUGCACAAGAUGGUGCCUCGGACGGCGGCCAAUUCACGCACUGGGUUUCGCAUGUUCGCCAACCCAGACGUACGCUUCGUCAGUCGGCUCUACACGGCAUUCGACGUUGACAUGAAGCGGAUCAAGCUGCGGGACCCUCUUCCUGACAUCGUCAAACGCCCAGAACUGUACAUGCGGUCCAAGGUGUCAGAAAACUGCUUCCAGGCGCUGAAUCGACUCGGGGACGUCCGAAAGGCCGACCGCCUCAUCGAGCUCAAGGACUUGAACUUGUUCCCGACCGUUCAAAUGCUGCUGGAGGUAGAAAGCAAAUACGGCGAAAGUAUCACGCUAGAAGAUAUUCAUGGCCAUGGCCAUGACCAAGUGAAGCAGCACGUUCUCAAGCAGCUGCAGGGAGGCGUGCAAGCCACGACGACUGACACCACGUCGUCUGCCAGCACACACACGGCGAGCGACAGCACACUCCAAACGACGUCCACUUCGUCGUCUACGACUGGCGACGUCACACAGAACUCGACGGCUGGAGGGGCACCAGUGCGGUACAAGGCGAAAACGGACGCUACCAACGACGCGUUUGAGCAGGCCAAGAAGAAUUGGAUGCCCAAGGAUUACGUGGAAACGAGGCGGUAUGAUAGCAGCGCCCCAUGCUGCACCUUCAUCCUCGUGUGGCUAGACUUGAGCGGCAAAUGGCUGACGAAGUGUACGCUCUUACCAAAGCUGCCAACUCGGCGGUGGACGACGGCCAGCCCGUGUAUAUGUACAGCGGCCAAAAAUUGCGGACAAAAGACCUUGAGAAGGACGCGAUGCGGCAGCGCUUGUCCAAGGACCGCCAUGCCACGUACACGUACAGCAAGGAUUUCAAUUCGCUCACGAUGAGCAUGGUGGAUGAAACGAAAUUGGCUCUCCUGGCCGAAGCUGAGUCCCGCGCAAAGUUCACGACCCCCAGCGGCUUCGUGUACCCAGCGCCGCGCCAGCCGAGCGAGUUUUACAAACACAAAGACGCACCGAGCGCCGCCAGAGUCGAAGAUUUGCACUCUCCGUGGAUCGAGAACUUGUACAAUCCGCAGCCCUUGUCUCGGGGCGGAGGCGGCGGCGGUGGCAACAAGUCAAGGCCAUUUGACUGCCUUCCUUCCAAGGACAUGGUGUUUGGAGGCACGAAUGCUGACGGUAGCGUCAACCCCGAGUACUUCAAGUCAGUCCAUCUCGUGGGCGACGGGCUGGCGAAAGAGAUGGAGGAGGCCAAAGCCAAGGAACACAAAGAAUGGCUAGAUAAGCUCGUGGUCGAUCGAGACAAUCUCCGGUUCAUCGCGCAUGGCAACAUUAUGGGUCAAGGACGUGCAAAGCCGUCGCCCCUGGACAAGCCAUGCGACAUCCUGUCUGGCCCUGUUCGAUCGAAACCCUUGCGCAUCGUCCGCGCCGCAAAACUACCGAGCGGAAAGCCCGUCCCAUUGCAAGCCAUGCCUGUGAGCAUCAUGAACCAAGACGUCUACACAGGAGGCGCCAUGAAAGUCAUCAUGCGCGAGAAGGACCCGGCGUUAUUCACUGCCAAGAACGAGCGCGACGAGGGCAAAGACUUUCUGUUCCCAUCGAUCACGCAGAUCCUCGUGCCAGACGUCAACAAGCACACGACCAUCCUCAAGCCGCGGAAGCCACUCGCUGCCGCCGAGAAGACUGGGACGCGAUGGAGCAAUCCGAAUCAAGAUCUCAGGUCGUAGGACAUUGGCAACAGAAAUAUCGGAAAACUAUGGAGAAUGUCUCACAUAUAUAUAG